CCUUUACCACACUACCAGCUUCGCCAAGCGAAGUCUCGCGAUAUUUCCGCCUAAGGGCUCCAGUAGACGCGUAGUGAGCGGCAGAGGACUGUGGGGGUGGCGGGCACCGGAGCCGGGAAGGGGCAGGUCAGGCGGGGAGUGCGAGCGCGUGCUGCCUGCGCCACUUGGGCUAGGUCAGGAGCGGCUGCCUGAGGCCCAGAGGAAGUGUGUAGACAGCGUGGCCUUCCUGGCCGGUGAGUCGGCCCCGGGUCGUGGCCGGUGAGGGGACCCCGGUCUUCACCUGGGCCGCCGCGGUCAGUGACAGGUGCGCCGAGGAGCGCCGUGCUCCGCCCGCUCGCCGACCCGCCCCCUCCGGGCCUCGCCCUCCUGGGCUCGGGAUGAACCGCGGGCCCCAGCUGAGCUGCUCCAGCUCCGGGCGCCUGUCGUUGCUUCUGCGGUGGCAGCCAAACAGCGGCCGCCGCCCCUGAGGGAAGGAGGGAGGGAAGCGGCCGCUGACCCGGGGCAUGAGCUGGACGCGGUGUCCGUUGCAGGACUAGGGCGCCGACAUGAAUUUGCACCAGGUGCUAACCGGGGCUGUGAACCCUGGCGACCACUGUUUCUCCGUGGGCAGCAUUGGCGACCAGCGCUUCACGGCUUAUGCAUCUGGAUGUGACAUUGUAAUACUGGGAAGUGAUUUUGAAAGAUUACAGAUAAUCCCAGGAGCUAAACAUGGAAAUAUUCAAGUGGGAUGUGUAGACUGUUCAAUGCAACAAGGCAAGAUUGCGGCAUCUUAUGGAAACGUUAUCUCCAUUUUUGAACCAGUUAACCUGCCGAAACAAAAGAAAAAUUUGGAAUUAUAUAGUCAGUGGCAGAAAAGUGGCCAAUUUUUUUUGGAAUCAAUAGCACACAAUAUAACUUGGGAUCCCACAGGCAGUCGUCUUUUAACUGGUUCCAGCUAUUUGCAACUCUGGUCUAAUACUAACUUGGAGAAGCCAACUGAAGAUGAAAAUUUAAACAAAACUGAUCUUAACUUUGGGGAUUGGAGAUGCAUUUGGCAUUGCAAAACUGCUUCCCAAGUUCAUUUAAUGAAAUUUUCACCAGAUGGAGAAUUUUUUGCAACUGCUGGGAAGGAUGACUGUCUUUUGAAGGUAUGGUAUAAUGUAGAAAACUGGCGGACAGCUGUUACUUCUCCAGAUAGAAGUUCAGAAAAACAAUCCCAAGGAGAAAUUGACUUUUCUUUUGUAUAUCUGGCCCAUCCUCGAGCCGUAAAUGGAUUUUCCUGGCGUAAAACAAGCAAAUAUAUGCCUAGGGCUUCUGUAUGUAAUGUACUGUUGACUUGCUGCAAAGAUAAUGUGUGUCGUCUUUGGGUAGAGACAUUUUUACCAAAUGAUUGUUUGCUAUAUGGAGGUGACUACAACCAUUGGACUGAAUCAAUUAAUUUAACAAAUAACUUCAAGAGAAAUGCUUCUGGUAAAGAACGAGUUCAAAAUGCUUUAGAAGUAAAUCUGAGACAUUUUCGUAGAGGUCGGAGGAGAUCACUUGCACUUGUAGCACAUACCGGAUAUCUGCCACAUCAGCAGGAUCCUCAUCAUGUUCACAGGAACACUCCACUGCAUGCCAAUGCACUUUGCCACUUUCAUAUUGCAGCCAGCAUCAACCCAGCCACAGACAUUCCACUUCUUCCAUCUAUUACAUCUCUGAGUCCAAAUGAAAAUGAAGAGAAGACUGGACCUUUUGUUGUACACUGGCUAAACAAUAAAGAACUGCAUUUUACUUUGUCCAUGGAAGUUUUUUUACAGCAACUUAGAAAAAGUUUUGAGCAACCAUCUUCUGAGGCCAGUGCAGAAGAUUCUAAUCAGGCAGAUGUAAAAUCCGAUGAAGAAAUGGAUGAUGGUGUUGAUGAUCUGAAAAUAAAUCCUGAAAAGAAGGAAUUAGGCUGUGAUAAAACGGUACCAAACUCAAGUUUUACAUCGUUAUCGUCAGCUGCCAUUGACCAUCAGAUUGAAGUACUUCUGUCUGAAUGGAGUAAAAAUGCAGAUAUGCUAUUUAGUAUUCAUCCCAUGGAUGGUUCUUUGCUAGUUUGGCAUGUGGAUUGGCUGGAUGAAUACCAGCCUGGUAUGUUUCGCCAAGUACAGGUGUCCUUUGUUUCCAGAAUUCCAGUAGCUUUCCCUACAGGUGAUGCAAACUCUCUCUGUAAAAGCAUAAUGAUGUAUGCUUGUACCAAGAAUGUUGACUUGGCUAUUCAGCAAGGGAAACAAAAACCUUCUGGUCUCACCCGUUCUACAUCAAUGCUUAUUUCUUCUGGUCACAAUAAAUCAUCUAAUAGUUUAAAAUUAAGUAUUUUUACCCCUAAUGUUAUGAUGAUUUCAAAACACGCCGAUGGUUCUCUGAAUCAGUGGCUGGUCAGUUUUGCUGAGGAAUCUGCUUUUUCUACUGUUCUCAGUAUUUCCCACAAAUCCAGAUAUUGUGGUCAUCGUUUUCAUCUUAAUGAUUUAGCUUGCCACUCAGUGUUACCAUUAUUGCUAACAACUUCACACCAUAAUGCAUUAAGGACACCGGAUGUUGAUAACCCAAAGCAACCUUUUGAUGCUUUAAACACUGAAGACUGCUCUUUGACACAACAAAAUAAAAGCACUGUUGACAUGGCAUUUCAGGAUCCCAAUGCAGUUUACAGUGAGCUUAUUCUUUGGAGGGUUGACCCAGUUGGGCCAUUGUCUUUUUCGGGAGGAGUUUCUGAGCUUGCCCGGAUUAAUUCUCUUCAUGUUUCUGCCUUUUCCAAUGUGGCAUGGCUACCCACUCUUAUACCCAGUUAUUGUCUUGGUGCAUACUGCAACUCUCCUAGUGCAUGCUUUGUAGCCAGUGAUGGACAAUAUCUGAGAUUAUAUGAAGCAGUUAUUGAUGCUAAGAAACUUUUAUCUGAGCUUUCUAACCCUGAAAUUUCUAAAUAUGUUGGUGAAGUCUUUGACAUCGUCAGUCAACAAUCAACAGCCAGGCCAGGAUGCAUUAUUGCAUUAGAUCCUAUUACCAAACUUCAUGGCAGAAAAACCCAACUGCUUCAUGUUUUUCAAGAAGACUUCAUUUUGAAUAACCUUGAGAAGAAAAGUCUUGGUAAAGAUAGCAUUUUAUCUAAUGCAGGCAGCUCACCUAAUGGAUUUUCUGAGAAGUUCUACCUAAUUGUAAUAGAGUGCACUCAAGACAACCGUUCAUUAUUACACAUGUGGAAUUUACAUCUAAAGUCAAUUCCUGUCUCAUUGGAAGAAAAAGUAGAUACAAAAUUAUCUGAAGCAGUUUGGCAGCCAGAAGAACAUUAUUCUUCUUCUCCAGAGAAGAUCCCAUCUCCAUUUUCACAAAAGUAUGAGGCUUGCAGAGCAAAUCUCCAGAGUACAAGCAAGUUGACUCUGUUUUCAGAAAUGGUUUAUAGCCAAGAAUUGCAUUUGCCAGAAGGAGUUGAGAUAAUAAGUAUUAAGCCAUCAGCAGGACAUCUAAGUUCAUCUUCUAUAUAUCCUGCAUGCAGUGCUCCUUAUUUAUUGGCAACUUCAUGUUCAGAUGAGAAAGUAAGAUUCUGGAGAUGCAGAGUAACAGAUGGAGAAUCUGCUACAUCAAAGAAUGGAAAAAUUGAUCUUGCAUACAUUUGGGAAGAAUGGCCAUUACUUAUUGAAGAUGGACUUCAGAGCAAUAGUAGUAUAACUGUACCUGGUAGACCUGUAGAAGUUAGCUGUGCGCAUACAAAUCGUUUAGCAGUAGCUUAUAAGCAGCCUGCAUCUAAUAGUAGAUCUUCCCAGGACUUUGUGAUGCAUGUAAGUAUUUUUGAAUGUGAGUCAACAGGAGGUUCAUGUUGGGUCCUUGAACAGACAAUUCAUUUAGAUGAGUUAAGCACAGUAUUGGAUUCUGGCAUUAGUGUUGAUAGUAAUUUAGUGGCCUAUAAUAAACAAGAAAUGUAUUUAUUUAAUAAAGAGAAUAUCACGUCAAACACAAAGCAUUUAGUUCACUUAGAUUGGAUGUCUAGAGAAGAUGGUUCUCAUAUCCUGACUGUAGGAAUUGGAUCAAAACUUUUUAUGUAUGGACCCCUGGCUGGCAAAGUACAAGAACAGACUGGUAAGGAAAGCCUCGCAUUUCCCCUCUGGGAGAGUACUAAAGUUGUGCCCCUUUCUAAAUUUGUACUGUUACGAAGUGUGGACUUGGUUUCUUCUGUAGAUGGCUCCCCACCUUUUCCUGUUUCUUUAUCGUGGGUCCGGGAUGGCAUCCUUGUGGUAGGAAUGGACUGUGAAAUGCAUGUGUAUUCCCAAUGGCAGCCAUCUUCUAAACAAGAACCUGUUAUAACAGAUUCAUACAGUGGGAGUACUCCAUCUAUAACAAGUUUAAUAAAACAGAGUAACUCCAGUUCUGGGUUACAUCCUCCAAAGAAAACUCUGACUCGAUCCAUGACCAGCCUUGCACAGAAAAUCUGUGGAAAGAAAACUGCAUUCGAUCCUUCUGUGGAUAUGGAAGAUUCAGGUCUUUUUGAAGCAGCUCAUGUACUUUCCCCGACUCUACCUCAGUAUCAUCCCUUGCAGCUUUUGGAACUCAUGGAUCUUGGUAAAGUUCGGAGAGCCAAGGCCAUCUUGUCACAUCUUGUUAAGUGCAUUGCUGGGGAAGUUGUGGCUCUGAAUGAAGCUGAAUCUAAUCAUGAACGCCGCCUUCGGUCUCUCACAAUCAGUGCUAGUGGAAGCACUACCAGAGACCCCCAGGCAUUCAACAAGGCCGAAAAUACAGAUUACACAGAAAUAGAUUCUGUUCCUCCACUUCCUUUAUAUGCAUUACUUGCGGCGGAUGAUGAUAGCUGUUACUCAUCUUUGGAGAAAUCUAGUAAUGAGAGUACCUUAAGUAAAUCAAACCAGUUGUCAAAAGAAAGUUAUGAUGAGCUUUUUCAGACCCCACCUCUAAUGACUGAUAUUCAUAUGUUAGAGACAGAUGAAGAAAAUACAAAGCCUAGAGUUAUCGACCUUUCACAAUACAGUCCAACUUACUUUGGACCUGAGCAUGCUCAGGUUCUUUCUGGCCACUUACUUCAUUCUAGUUUACCAGGGCUCAGCCGGAUGGAGCAGAUGUCUUUGAUGGCCUUAGCAGAUACAAUUGCAACUACAAGCACUGAUAUUGGAGAAAGCAGAGACAGAAGCCAAGGUGGAGAAACUCUUGAUGAAUGUGGGUUAAAAUUUCUUUUGGCUGUUCGACUCCAUACCUUUCUUAUAACUUCCCUUCCAGCCUAUCGAGCUCAGCUUCUUCACCAAGGCCUUUCUACAAGUCAUUUUGCUUGGGCAUUUCACUCAGUAGCAGAGGAAGAACUGCUGAACAUGUUGCCAGCCAUGCAGAAAGAUGAUCCCACUUGGUCUGAACUAAGAGCUAUGGGUGUGGGGUGGUGGGUCCGGAAUACCCGCAUCUUACGCAAAUGCAUGGAAAAAGUAGCUAAAGCAGCCUUUUAUAGAAAGAAUGAUCCUUUAGAUGCUGCCAUUUUUUACCUUGCAAUGAAAAAGAAAGCUGUGAUUUGGGGAUUAUAUAGAGCUGAAAAAAACACCAAGAUGACACAGUUUUUUGGACACAAUUUUGAGGAUGAAAGAUGGCGUAAAGCAGCUUUAAAGAAUGCUUUUUCUUUGCUAGGCAAACAAAGAUUUGAACAUUCUGCAGCGUUUUUUCUUUUAGCUGGCUGCCUCAGAGAUGCAGUUGAGGUAUGUCUUGAGAAAUUGAAUGACCUUCAGUUGGCUCUUGUAAUAGCAAGACUCUAUGAGUGUGAAUUUGAUACAGCUGCAACAUAUAAAUCUAUUUUACGUAAAAAAGUUUUGGGAAUUGAUUCUCCUGCCAAUGAACUUUGUUCCUUGAACAUAAAUAUGCAUCAUGAUCCUUUUCUUCGGAGCAUGGCAUAUUGGAUUUUGGAAGAUUAUAGUGGUGCUCUGGAAACAUUAAUCAAGCAACCUAUCAGAGAGUGUGAUGAUCAACUUAUGUCAGCCUGUAGUCCUGCGGUUUUUAAUUUCUACAAUUACCUAAGAACACAUCCUCUUUUGCUGAGACGUCAUUUUGGAUCAUCUGAUACAUUUUCCACACAUAUGAGUCUAACAGGAAAAAGUGGACUGGCAGGAACAAUUAAUUUAAGUGAAAGACGAUUAUUUUUUACUACUGCCAGUGCUCAUUUAAAAGCUGGCUGCCCAAUGUUGGCUUUGGAAGUAUUAUCAAAGAUGCCUAAAGUCAUCAAGAAAACAAGACCUUUUUGUAGAGCUUCUAGUUUUCUGGAUACUAGUAAAGCCUGUUCUCCUUCUUCUCCAUUAAACUGGGAUGCAAGGGAAGAUAAGUCUUCUGCUAUUGAUUGGUCACAGUCACUGAUGAAUGGUUUUGGAUCUUCUUCAGAGGGUUCCUCAGAGAAGCAAUCAAACUCCACUCUUUCUUUUGACUGGAGCCAACCAGGUGUUGUGUUUCAGGAUGACUCUUUAGAGUUAAAAUGGGACAGUGAUAAUGAUGAAGAAAAUGAGGAUGUCCCUAUUUCAAUGAAAGAAAUAAAAUCUUUACAGAGAAAAACAGAUAAAAAAAUAGAUGAAAUCAGUUCUAAUUACACAGAAUCUUUCAGCACACUAGAUGGAAAUGACCUCUUAAAUCCAUCAGAAGAUAUAAUUGCAGUUCAAUUAAAAUUUAGAGCAUGUUUAAAGAUUCUCACAGUAGAACUUCGUACUUUAUCUACCGGCUAUGAAAUAGAUGGUGGAAAAUUGCGUUACCAGCUCUACCACUGGCUUGAAAAAGAGGUGAUAGCUCUUCAGAGGACUUGUGACUUUUGCCCAGAUGCUGAAGAACUACAGUCUGCAUUUGGCAAAAAUGAAGAUGAAUUUGGAUUAAAUGAGGAUGCUGAAGAUUUGCCUCACCAAACAAAAGUGAAACAACUGAGAGAAAAUUUUCAGGAAAAAAGACAGUGGCUCUUGAAAUAUCAGUCACUUUUGAGAAUGUUUCUUAGUUACUGCAUACUUCAUGGAUCUCAUGGUGGGGGUCUUGCAUCUGUGAGAAUGGAAUUGAUUUUGCUUUUGCAAGAAUCUCAGCAGGAAACGGCAGAACCGCUAUUUUCUAGCCCUCUGUCAGAGCAAACCUCAGUGCCUCUCCUCUUUGCUUGUACAGCCAGUGCCAAAACAGUAGUUGCCAAUCCAUUAUUGCACCUUAGUAAUCUAACACAUGAUAUUCUCCAUGCCAUAAUAAACUUUGAUUCACCACCCCACCCUGAUAUCCAGAGCAAUAAAGUAUAUGUAAUGCAUACUUUAGCAGCCUCGCUUUCUGCUUGUAUUUAUCAGUGCCUUUGUGGUAGUCAUAACUACAGUUCAUGUCAAACGAAUCAGUUUACUGGAAUGGUAUAUCAGACAGUACUGCUUCCUCAUCGACAUUCUUUGAAAACAGGAAGCUUAGAUGAAGCAAUAACUCCCAAUACAUCACCAGCUCAAUGGCCAGGAAUAACUUGUCUAAUUCGACUUUUGAAUUCUUCUGGCGAGGAAGCCCAAUCAGGGCUUACAGUCUUACUCUGCGAAAUUCUCACAGCAGUGUAUCUUAGUCUCUUCAUCCAUGGCCUGGCCACACAUUCAAGUAAUGAACUAUUUAGGAUUGUGGCCCAUCCUCUAAAUGAAAAAAUGUGGUCUGCUGUAUUUGGUGGAGGUGCAAAUGUUCCUAGCAAAGAACGGACACAUUCAAAAGCUUUACCUGGAAGGCACUUUGCUAUGCCUAGUCCCCACCAGGUAGUGGUAUUCUCCAUGGAAUGUGUGGGCUUUUCCAAAGCUCUUUCAGCCAUCAGUUCUCAUAGCCCUCCCAGUCUUGCAGUUUCUUCACUGGUUGAAGAAGGAGAAAAACAGAACAAAUGUUUUAGGUCAUCAAAAAUGCCUUACAGAGAAUCGGCCUCACUGACCCCUUCAUCACCACCAGUAAGCCAGGAGUCACUGGCAGUUAAAGAAAAGUUCAUCCCACCCGAGCUCAGUAUCUGGGACUAUUUCAUAGCUAAGCCUUUUCUACCGCCUUCUCAAAGUAGAGCAGAAUAUGAUUCAGAGGAGAGUCUGGAAAGUGAUGAUGAUGAUGAUGAUGAUGUUUUAGCAUCAGAUUUCCAUCUCCAGGAGCAUUCUAAUUCAAAUUCAUAUAGUUGGUCCUUGAUGCGAUUGGCAAUGGUGCAGUUGGUGCUCAACAAUUUGAAGACUUUUUAUCCCUUUGCAGGUCACGAUCUUGCAGAGCUUCCAGUCAGUUCACCUCUUUGUCAUGCGGUUCUAAAAACUCUUCAGUGUUGGGAACAAGUUCUUCUCCGACGACUUGAAAUCCAUGGUGGGCCACCUCAAAAUUAUAUCUCAAGUCAUAUCUCUGAAGAGAAUUUGUCUGCAGGUCCUGCAAUUCUCCGCCACAAAGCUUUACUGGAACCUACAAACACUCCUUUCAAAUCCAGACACCAUCUGGCACUGUCUGUGAAGAGGCUUUGGCAGUACUUGGUGAAGCAGGAAGAAAUUCAGGAAACCUUUAUCAAAAAUAUAUUCACAAAGAAACGGUGUCUAAAUGAGUCAUUAGAGGACAACAGUGAAAUCAUCAAAAAUUCUAUGAUGGAGGAGCCAAACAUCAAUAAGAUAGAAGCAGAUUUGGGAUAUCCUGGAGGUAAAGCAAGAAUUAUUCAUAAGGAAUCUGAUAUCAUUACUGCCUUUGCUGUUAAUAAGGCAAAUAGAAACUGCAUAGCAAUCGCUUCCAGUCAUGAUGUUCAAGAAUUGGACGUUUCUGGAAUUCUAGCCACACAGAUCUACACUUGGGUAGAUGAUGAUAUAGAAAUGGAAACCAAAGGAUCAGAAGAUUUCUUGGUUAUACAUGCUCGUGAUGAUUUAACAGCUGUUCAAGGUACAACUCCAUAUACACAUAGCAAUCCUGGCACUCCAAUCAACAUGCCAUGGCUUGGUAGUACACAGACUGGCAGAGGAGCAUCUGUGAUGAUUAAGAAAGCCAUUAAUAAUGUUAGAAGAAUGACUUCUCAUCCAACUCUUCCUUACUUAAUCUUCCUAGGAAUCUCAAAAGUUUCUCUUCCUUCAACCAAGAACUUAAUUAAUGGGGAAUUUAUUGGAGGUAUUGAUUCUGGUGGGUUGGAAUCAAACCUCACAUUGGUGUGUGAGUAUUCCAGUUUUUUUAAUAUGAUUUUUUAAAGUUAUGCCAUUUGUCAAGUUGUCCUACCACACAGUAACAAGAAUAGUGCAUGUUAAUUAAUAGGUAUUCAUGUUCCCCCAGUUUAAUAGCCUAAUUAAAACUUUAGAAACUUUUCUCUUGGGAGAUAUUCUGAUAAAAUGCAGUUAACAAAAUCAGUAUUUUUUUCUGCUUCAUUUAUCAUAAAUGCUCUAAGAAUCUAUUAUCAAAAUUGUAUACCCUAUACAAAAAAGGCUCAAGAGAACCAUUUAUUUAAAAUGAAAAGAAUAACAUCUGUUACUUACACUAGAGGUAUAAAAUAACAUAAAAAUUUGUUUUCACUACAUCAAAUUUAUUCAUCACUAGAAGUAUUUUUUACCCACAAGUUUAAUGUGAAGUGAGAACUAAAAUACACCCAAAAAGCCUAUAGAAAAAGUACAUAGAAUUAGGUCUGUAAGACUCCUAAGCAGAGGAGCUUCUGUCCCCUUGGACUUGGGUGUACUACAAACCUGGCACAUGGAUGUGUUCACCACCCAAGAAACUCAUCAAAUCUCCUUAUUCAAGAGUUUUUAUAGAACUUAAUCUCCAUCUCCCCUCCCCACCCUUUUCUGCAGGUUGGCAAGUGGGACCAAAGGUUCCAAUCCUUUAGGCUAUAAAUGGGACCCCCUUUAAGUCACUAUAUUAACAUAAAUUCAGGUUCUCUUCCAAGGGUUUUAGUAGCUGUAUGCCAGGAUCCAGGGAUAGAGACCAAAUCUAUAUUGUAUGUCAUACUGGGUCAUUUUUUUCCCCCUUCCAAAAUGUUUAAUGUGUUUUCCCUUUUUAAUAAAUACAUGUUGAAAUCAUAUUACAUGAUAGGUUCUAUGUAAGCCUAGCUGAGUAAGUGAAGUUGGCUCUGCUGCAACAUUAAUAAGGAAUCUCAGAUAAGACUUUUAAAAACUUCUUGAGGCUCAGAAGCCAAGCCAAGGACUUGCCAUCUGAUUUCACCUGCAAUCCUAUAGAUUUGGGUUAAUUCCUCUCUUCGUGAGGUCCUCAGAAAAUCCUGGGGUUUCUGUGUCUGCUGCGAAACGAUAGUCCUUACUCUUCUCUAAGGCAACCAUAUAAAGGAUUAUAUAUGUACAGUACCAGGCCUUAUUUGCUCUGUAAAGUCAGCUUUUCAUUCCUUAAAACUGUCUGGGUCAUAUCUGUUUCUGUGCAUAGUCUCCAAUAUGAUACACAAGUCAAAGCCUUGGUAUUAUGAAUGAUGUUUCCAAUUAUGUCCUGCUGUAAGAAGGACACGUUCUUUUUACUUUUACUCCUGGUUGUAAAGAACAGAUUCUUAUUGAACUUAUGCAAAUGAAAAUAAGAAUACUCACUAAUAGCUUUUGAAUUCAGGAGAGAUCAGGUAGGGAAAAAAAGUUAAUUCUUUUAUCUUAGUUCACAAAGGCAUACUGUACUUGGAGUAAGCUAUUGAAUAGCUUAAGAGAAAAGAAAAAUGUUUUCUUAAAUCUGGAAAACAAAAUAUUAAAGAACUAGCAAUGUUUCAAAACCAUAAUUCCUAAAAAACACCAUAAUUUUUCUUCAAUAAGUUAUUCAGCCUCAGAUACUUAAUUCUUGUUUGGCUUGACCUUGGUUAGCAGUUUAACGAAUUAUAGGUUUUCUCCGUUAGAGUUCUGCAAGUUCUUACAGUGUCCAAUGAUAGGAUCUAAACAUUAUGAGAAACUGGUGCCUUUCCGAGUCUUUUCCAUGAAGCUCCUUCAAGACAGCACUUUAGGAUUAUAGUUACUUGCAAAUACUUUCAGAAAAAGAUCAGAUGAAACAAUAACCAUCUGUCAGUAACAAAAGACUUAACAUGGCCACGGCUAAAGAUCUGCUGUGAAUUCAUUAUCAUAAUGACACAAUUGACAAGUAAAUUUUAUUGCUUCUGUGGCAUACAGUAGUUUAACAAAAUAACUGGAAGUAUGGCUGGUAACAUUAUACCAGAUUUUUAGGAACUUCAUACAGUUUCUAGGAUACUUAUCUCAUAACAUACAUCCAUACAAAUAUAAGAAGGUAUCACCUUUAUUUGACAAUACUUCCCAUGCAAUUUAACAUAUCAAUUAAGCCUAAUUAGUUUAACAAAGCCUACUUGUUUUAACAUUCUUCUUUGUUGAGAGAGAGAGAAGAAAUUUUUUUUAGGUAUUCCAGGGGCCCUUUGGAAACUCCCAAAGUUAGAGUGAGGUCAAAAGUACUUUAUUUAUAAUGUAUUUGCUGGAAAUUUGUCAGAAAUACCAAACGGUUUAAAACACUUGAUUAUAAUAAGGUUACUGUGGAAAAAUAUUUAACCAGUGAUAAUUAAGACUUCAAAGGAAAAUACAGAAAGUUACAUCGUUGUAGAAAAAACUUUAGCUAUUUUAAUAUAGAGAAGACUCAGUUUUCUUAGGUAAUCAAUACCCAGAAAGACAUGAAUAUAGGAAAUUAUCUUGAAAAAUCUGGAUUUUGUAGUAAGAUUGCUUACAAGGUAAAGGAAAACCUUUCACAAUCUCUUGUCAAGAGAAAACCAAUAAUCCAGUAAAACUUUGCACCAAUUUACUUCUGAUAGUAAGACUCACCAUUCUUUUAAUAGCAUAUAUAAAUACACAGAUAUUAGCCAGCCUGACCUUACAUAAAAUUAUUUUGCUAAAUUUCCCUCACACAAACCUUCUAUAGCUUUCUUGCAAAUAUCUAUGCAUAUUUUGUUCUGUACUCUUCCUCUUUCCCAAUAUGGAACAGUCUGCUUUAGGACAAAAAUUUUUCUUUUUCCUAUAAGAAAAUCAUCCUUCGUUCCUCAUAGCUUCCUAUUUCAAAAACAUCUUAUACUUUCCUGACAUACAAAAUUAUGUAUCUAUUUUCAGUAGUUUUAAUUACAUAUUUUGAUUAGAAUUCUUAACUGUUAACGAUGUUAGUUUCUUGUGAAAACUAGGUAAUAAGCAGUUGUGCACUGUCAGUCACGCAGCAUUCUGUAGACUAGCAAAUCUAUACUCUUUCAUAAUUCACAGAAGCAUGUUCUUUUUCAUAGUGUAGUUUUUCUUUUUUUGAGACAGAAUUUUGCUAUCACCCAGGCUAGAGUGCAAUAGUGCGACCUCAGCUCACUGCAGCCUCCUUCUCCCAGGUUCAAGUGAUUCU